AUGAAUUGUUUUGGUAGUAUUGAAAAUAUAUUUGUAUAUCUUGACGAUAUAUUAAUUUUUGGUGAAAUAAAGAUUCAACGUGAUAUUGCUUUAUGGCAAGUAUUAGAUGUUGCAAUGAAGAGUAACAUAACUUUUAAUAAAGCGAAAUUACAAUUUAAAGUUGAUAAAGUCAAGUAUUUAGGUCAUAAUUUUUCUAGUGAGGGUAUGGAGAUGUAGGAACAAGUUUGAUCUAUUUUUGAUUAUGAAAUCCCUAAAAGUGUUAAAGAUUUGCAACGUUUUUUAGGCAUAGUGAAUUAUGAAAGUAACUUAUUCCAAACUUAGCUGUGUUAACGAAACCGCUGAGAGAUUUUAAUAAAAAAAAAUAAUAAGUUUAUUUGGAUUUCGGUACAUGGUGAAAUUAAAUAUAUUAUAUUUAGUCCGUUAGUACUAAGAAAUUAUGAUAAUUCGUAAGAAGUAAUAAUAUAGAUGGAUUAGUAAGUUAGCAAUUGUUUGUGUGCUUUUGUAAGAAGGUAGAUCAUUUUGUUUUAAAUCUAAGAGUUUAACUGUUAAUGCGAUUAAUUAUGAUCAGAUUGACAAGGAAUUUCUGGCAGCAUUAUUUUCGUGUAAAGUUUUUCAUCAUUAAAUUUAUGGUAAGCAGGUCAUAAUGCAAACUGAUCACUUACCUCUUAUCUCAUUAAUGAAUAAAAAUAUAUCAGAUAUUUCUUCGAGACGAUUACAAUGCCUUCGUAUUAAAUUGGUUGGUUAUGAUAUUAAUUUAAUACAUAAAUUGGACAAGAAAAUGUUUAUUGCGGACGCAUUAAGUCGUGCGUGCACUUUGUUCGCAGAUAAAGAAGUAGAUAUUGUUUAUAUGUUUUUAGUGUAGUUCAUACUAUUAAUAUGACAAAUAAUAUUCAUGAUAAUUUUGAACGAGAAACACAAAGUGAUAUUUUAUUAAAACAACUAAUUAAAAUGUGUUUAGAAGUAUGGCCUAAACUUAAAAAUAAAGUAUUGGAUGAUGUAAAGCCGUAUUUUGAUACGCGAUUGCAAAUUUCUUACGAAAAUAAUUUACUUUUCCUUAAUGAACGAGUUUUUGUCCUGGAAGUGCUUAAAAAUUGUAUUUUAUGUAUACUUUACGAAGCUCAUUUAGGUAUUUGUAAGACCAAAGUGAGAGCAUGAACAUUUUACUGGAAAGGUAUUGAUAGAGACAUUGAAGAAUGUAUUGAUAAUUGUGCAGUGUGUCAGAAGUUUAGAACAAAAAAUAUAAGAGAUCCAAUGUUAUCUUAUAAGGUACCAUAAUUUCUUUUUAUGGAAGUGGCGUGUGGUAUUUUGGAUUUUGGUAAGCAAGCUUAUUUAGUUUUGAUGGAUUAUUUUUCAGGUUGGUUGGAGUUAAAAUUUGUAUCCUCCAAAACAGUAACUUGGAUAAUACAAGUUUUAAAAGUUAUUUUUCCUACUCAUGGUGUUCUUGAACAGUUUAUCACUGAUAAUAUGCCUUUUAGUUCUAGAGAGUUUUCUCAACUUACUGAUGAGUGGGGUAUUAAGGUAAUUACAACAAGCCCUAGAUAUCCAAGAUCAAAUGGUCUUGUGGAAAAGGAGUAAGUAUUGUAAAAUUAAUUUUAAAAAAGGCAGAAGAGAGUAAGGCCAAUGUUAAUAACAGUUAAUGUUAUUGGAGAACAGAAAUAGUGUUAUUAUUGGGCUUAAAUAUUCUCCAGUGCAAUUAUUGAUGAGUCUUACUUUAAAAUCUAAAAUACCUAUUUUAAAUAAAUACUUAAAAAUAUUUAUUCUAAUUACCUAAAGGAAGGUGUUACAUUUCGCAGUUUCCAAUUAUUAUAUUACUUAUCAGCUUAUCAGUUCCUGCGGGCUUUACUGCUGUGAUGUGUUUAUAAUAAACACGACAGUCGUCAGUCAGUAUGCUGACUACCGUCAUUACAUACACACACAUACAUCUUAUUUAUUUGUGCUCCCGUUCAUAAGACAUAACACUAUAAAAAAAUAAUAGAACGACAUAAGUGAGCAUGUAAAAUUAACAACUAGAUGGCAGUUGUGACGUUAUUACGUUAUCAUUUGUUAUCCAUAUAUUUUGUUUUACUACUGUCUUCAAAUUCUUUCUGCAAAAAACAUGUUUUAUGUGUUAUGUCGUUGUAGCAAACAAGUGAAUGUGGUAAUCCGAUAAAAAAUCCCUGGAAAUAAAUCCCCAAAACAAUAUUUUUCAAUAUUUUACAAAAUAUUCGUGUUGAUUUCAAAUCGAAAUUAACUUUUGUUUUGUAUAUUUAUCAUAUUGCAAGUUUGAUUACUGUUACACGAUCUUAUAGCGUUAUUAACUUUUUUGAUUAUGAUUAUAUAUAAUGCAAAAACAAAAUAGUUAAAUUUAAAUUUAACUUUUUUUUAUGUUCAUUUUAAAAUAGCCAACUUAAAAUCAGAAUAUUUAUUUAAAACCUAAGAAAUUUAAUCAAUUUAUUUAUUUUAAAAUUUUUAAAAAUAAAAACUUAAAAUGAUUCCCGUAUUUUAAACUGUAUAAGUAGUGAUUUAAUAUUUAUGCAAAAGUUUAGCAUAAUUUCUUAAUUUGUAAUCGUUUCCUUUAUUGUGAUCAAAUAAUAUUUAUAUAUUUAAAUUUAUACGAUACCACUAUACGCGAGUAUAGUGUGACAGUAGUUCAACGAGCAUUUUCCACAUUUUGUCAUUUUCAUUUCAAUUUAAACAUUUUUAUUUUUCACAAAUGUUUUUAUUUUUACUUUCUAGUAGACAAAAACCAUUAUAUUUGUUUUUUAAUGUGUCAUCAUUUCAUUAAAGAAAAAUUUCUUAGAUACUAUCCAAAUCAAAAAUAAAGCUUUAAAAAUAUAAGUGCAUUAGUGAAGAAAAUAGUAGAUCAUAACAAAGUUGUCAUGUUAAUAAUAUUAAAAUUAAAUUGUGUACAUUCCAGAGGAAAACAAGGGAGAGAAAGAAAGAGAGAGAGGUACAGAGUAAGAAAGAGUAUGGAAAUUAGAGAAAAAUAAAAGGAAUCUUAGUUUGUACAAUCAAUGUUUUAAGUAUAAUUUAAAUCCGGAAAGUUAUUGAAAAUGUUUAUAAUACAGGCUGAUCAAUAUAUUAUAAGACACUUGUUAUCUCGGAAAUUAUUUAAUUUUUUCGGAAUUUGUUUUUAAAAAACAUAAAAUACGGCUGCGUGAUAGAAUACUUGAGUCACUAACCUAAUCUAAUAAAUAAAGAGAACAGGAGCGGAAAAAGAAGUCUUCCUUGAGGAACACCGGACGUUGCAAGAUAAAUAUUUUAUUUUAUUCCAAGAAAUUUAAUUAAAAAUUCCAUACACAGAGGAGAAUUAGUUAAAAUACAUUUUACUAGCAGGGGCGCCUCCAAACUUUGACUAUGGGGGGGAAAGGGGGCAAAAUAAUUAAAUUUAUUAUUAAUGAUUGGUAAGAAAAUACAGACAUACUUUGCAUGAUGGGUGGAACACUGUUGUAGAUGAGAAGUUGGGAAGGUAGGAUAUUGAGGGAAAUUGAAUGUAUAUCUGUACCUGAACUUCGCGUCAUAUUCAUGGGGAGGGGGGUGAACAAUUUUUACUCUUGAAUACCACCGUUUUGGUCAAAAAAUAGGUACAAUAUUAAAGAAACUAUAUAAUACAUAUGUAAUUAUUUUACCACAAUAUGACAUAUAUACAAAGCAACACUAUCAACCAAAUUCCGUCCGUCGUUUUUUCGUUAGAAAUGGUUAAUCCUUGUUUACCAGUAUACAUUAAAUUACUUAUAGUUGUGACUGCAUCCGUCCCCAUUAUUCUAGGACAGAUUUUGAAUUUUGUAAAACAUAAGUUAGAUUCGAUUAUGUAAGUAAAAAAAAAAAAUUAUUUUUUCUGACAGUGAAAGUUGGUCAAUUUAAAUUAAAUUAAUGUAUGAUCAAUGGGAAGAUAUUUGUUUAUGUUAAAUAUAUAGGUAAUAUCAAUAAAUCCCCCCCAAAAAAAUUCCUAAAACCGCCAGUGCUUAGAAGACUACAUAUAUAUUAUAAAAAUGCAUUACAACAUAGUUAACAACACACAAUGCAGUAAAACAGUGCAAUUUAAAAGUUAAAUUUUACUUUUUCCUCAAAAUCAAAUCAAAAAAUGACAUUCUUAAAGUACCAUCAAUUCAAUAUGAUAUUAUUUUCUUUCAAAAAAUGUGCUACACUUCUAUAUUGAAGUGAGAUUUCUGGAAGAAAUUUUUGUCACAGUAUAAAAAAUAAAAAAAAUAAUAAAAAAACAUCAUUGUAAUUCCAAUAGAUACAAUUUUCGCUACACUAUUGUUCUCACUUAGUUUUCCACAUAAUUCUGUCCCACCCUUGAAAGAAUAUUUAUUAAAAUUUAUAAUAUCCGGAAUCAUUUUUAUGGCAUUUGGAACCAAUUACAUUUGUACUUAUUUGUACAUAAGAAUUUUUGAUAUUUUAUCUAACAAAAAGUACAUCACUCGACUUAUGGGGAGUAAUUGCUCCCCUUGCCCCCCCUCAAGGAUGUGCCGAUCCACUAUAAGUCGCAUUUAGUGAUAAACAAAAAUUGUUUAAUAGUAUUUUUUUUAUAAGAGUUAAAAUAAGUUUGUAAGAGGUUUGCCAUCUGUAACGUUUCAGCUGAGUGGCCUUUAUUUUUAUUUUUAUAAUUUUUUCCGGUGUGAGCGUUAUAUGAAGUUGCGUAACUUAAGUUACAUGUAUCUAUUCUUACAAGUUACAAAAAAAUUGUAAUUUUUUACAUUUAAAAGUUACUUGAAUAUUGUGUAACUGAUUACAAACUACAAGUUACAAAAGUAACCGAGUUACGUAAGUUUGAUACAUGUAACUGGUUACUGCUUAUCCCUGCUCGUAUUCCAUAUAUUCUCUAGUUCAAGUUCAUGAAUGGUCUGGAGACGGUGCGAUUCUGAAAAUCGAAGUUUUUAUAUGGGACCUUCCUACAGCAAGUAGUAGGGUACACCGUACAUUUUUAAGUUUUGGUCUUUUUAAGUCGAUAUGAAGCAUCUGUUUGGAUGCUUCAUAUUGACAACGAACCUCAUGAUUGUGAACCGGUGCUUAAGGCUUUAGGGGUAUCAAUACUAGCCAAUAGGCGUGUUUCUGCUAACCAGUUAAUUCUAAGAAAGCUCAUAGAUGGUUCUAGUGUCCUGAACUACUAA